UUAGUGAAAGCCUAAAAUUACGUCGCCCCGGUAUGGAACCUCCGGAUCAGAGCAGGGAGACUGAUCCCCCGAAAGAUGUGUCACAGCAGAGCUCUGAGCUGGACGAAAUGUGGGACGAACCGAGCCAGGAAGAGGAAGCUUUAUACGGCACAUCUCCGCCAUGCACCCCCCGCCAGAUGAAACGUUUGUCCAGUAAACACCAGAGAGGGAACCACGGCAGAGCCUCCGGACGCUCCCCAAACAAAGAAAAGCAGGUCCCCUCCAGCCCCUUGUCACAGAGAGAACGUGAGGGAGCCAAAUCCGUGGAGCCGACAGAAGAGCACAGCUACAAGCAGGGCAAGAAGCACAGAUCCAAUCUCCGCUCCAACGAACGGGACAGCAAAAAGACCUACGAGGGCUCCUUCAUGCUGGGUCCAUUUGGUUCCCUCAACAUGGAUCCCAGGAAACCUUACCUUAGCCUGGGCUGCGGAAGUGGCAAGAUGCCCGUCACCAUGCCCCACCCCUUGGCUCGCACGCAUCGGCAGACGUCUCGGACCGACUGCCCCGCGGACAGGCUCAAGUUCUUUGAGACCCUGCGGCUGUUGCUCAAGCUAACCUCCAUGUCAUCCAAGAAGAAGGAGAAGGAGCAACGAGGCUGGGAGAACACGGCUUUCAUGGGUCAGAACAACGAGGUGAUUUGGUUGGAGCUACAGGCUUGGCACGCUCGCCGUAGCAUCACCGACCAGGACCUGUUCCUCUACACGGCCCGUCAGGCCAUCCCUGACAUCAUCAGCGAAGUCCUGCACUUCAAAGUGGACUACAGCAGCCUGGGUGGCCCAAAAGAGGAGACGAGAGUGGAUGGGCCGGAGGCCUGCCCUGCUGGGACUAACUGUGACUUGGAGCCUAGUAGUGACUUUAGAGCCUGCCCAACCUCAUGGGUGGAGGUGGAUGCGGCAGCACCUCUGGGAUCUGCAGCCGAGUUCAAGGAGCACCUGCAGAGGCAGCGGCUGGCCUACGAGCAGGUGAAGCGGGUUAUGGGUCUGCUGGAGUCUGUAGAGGCUCUGUACCCAUCCCUGCAGACUCUUCAGAAGGACUACGAGAAGUACGCGGCACGGGACUUCCAGGGCAGGGUGCAGGCGCUCUGCCUGUGGUUGAACAUCACGCAGGACUUGAACCAGAAGCUCCGCGUGAUGGGAACCGUGCUUGGCCUGCGAGACCUUUCCUGCAUCGGCUGGCCCGUUUUUGAGAUCCCUUCCCCCCGCUGUUCCCGAGGCACGGACGAAGAUGACGAGGGGGAGGGGGAGGAGGAGGAUGAAGAGAACAACUCCACUGCGACUUUCACCGCAGACAGCGACACGGAAGAGAGGGAGUUGGGAGAGAAGGGCCCGGAAGUCAGAGGAGAUGUCGAGCUCUCCUCAUGCCUCACGCCCAAGUUUUCCCGGCUACUUUCCGAAGAGGACUUCUCUCCCGCGGGCGGCAGCGAGAGCCGCUGUUGCCCCACGGCCAUCUACAGGCCUUUUGUGGACAAAGCACUGAAGCAGAUGGGGUUGCGUAAACUCAUCCUCAGACUGCAUAAACUGAUGGACCGAUCUCUUCAGAGGUCCAGAACUGCACUGCUGAGCCCCAUGCCCACUCAAGAGUUGUCAGAUAUUCCGGACAGUUCUCUGCUGUACAGUGACUACCUGCCGGAGCUAUCCCGUCACUUCGCCUGCACAAAUCAGGUCGAUGAAGAGGCGGGAUCGGGGCGCGUUUCUUGGGAGGAGCUGCGGGACAUGGACCUACCUUCUUUCCGACCGGCCUUUCUGGUGCUCUGCCGUGUGCUGCUCAACGUCAUUCACGAGUGCCUCAAACUACGUUUAGAACAGAGACCAGCUGGGGAACCCUCACUACUCAGCAUCAAACAGUUGGUGCGUGAGUGUAAGGAGGUCCUGAAGGGGGGGCUUCUGAUGAAGCAAUACUAUCAGUUCAUGCUGCAGGGUGUGGUCACCAACCCGCAGGGCCUACAGACCAAUGCUAACAUCGAUGAAUUCGAGGAAGAUCUCCAUAAGAUGCUUGAGGUGUACUUUGACUACAUGCGGAGUUGGAUUGAGAUGCUGCAGCAGCUGCCGCAGGCCUCUCACAGCCUUAAGAACCUCCUGGAGGAGGAGUGGAACUUCACCAAAAUCAUAACUCCCUAUAUACGUGGUGGAGAGGCCCAGUCUGGGAAACUUUUCUGUGACAUUGCGGGAAUGUUGUUGAAGUCCACGGGAGAAUUUCUGGAAGCUGGCCUGCAGAAGAGUGGUGAUGAAUUCUGGGAAAAUGCAGAUGACAGCUCUGUUUCAGAUGAGAUUAGGAGGUCAGUAAUUGAGACAAGUCGUUCUCUGAAAGUGCUCUUCCAUGAGGCAAGGGAGCGUGCGUCUAAAGCACUGGGCUUUGCCAAGAUGCUUCGCAAGGACCUGGAGAUUGCUGCAGAUUUCAGCUUAACCAGUGGUGUGCCUUGCCUUCUGGAGGCUCUGAAAACGAAGAACCACGUCAAGGUCCAGAUUCCUGGGCUGGAGGAACUUCAGGUCUUCGUGCCAUCAGGAUUGAGGGAGGAGAGGCAGGUCAUCCUCCAGCUCCUGAAUGCGGCGGCAGGGAAAGACUGUUCCAAAGAGCCGGACGAGAUCUCUGAAGAUGAGGCCUACCUGCUGAUGAGCAAGCACGGGGCUGGGGACUUGGUCUCAGAGGCUAGCUGGGCGGAGUGGGAUGGGGCCGUGCUCAAACUGGUCCCCCAGAUGGAGACCGUGGACACUCUGAGAGCCAUGAAGGUGGACAAUCUACUCCUGAUCGUGAUGCAGUCUGCUCACCUGGUGAGCCAGCGGAAAGCCUUCCAGAAUUCCAUGGAGGACCUCCUAACUCUGAGCCGAGAGCAGACCUCUAGUCAGCCCCUCAUCGCUGGUGCCCUGGAGGAGCUCAAGAAUGAAGCACUGCAGUUGUGCAUUAAGAUCAACACAGCCAUUGACCGGGUGGAGUACAUGUUCACGUCUGAGUUUGAAGCAGAGGUGGAGGAGUCAGAGUCUGCUACACUGCACCAGUAUUACAGAGAGGCCAUGAUCCAGGGCUACAACUUUGCCUUUGAGUACCACAAAGAGGUGGUGCGACUGAUGUCGGGCGAAUUCAGGCAGAGAAUUGGAGAACGCUACAUCGCCUUCGCCCGCAAGUGGAUGAACUAUGUCCUGACCAAGUGUGAAAGCGGGAGAGGCACGCGACCCAGGUGGGCGACUCAAGGCUUUGAUUUUCUUCAGGCCAUGGAACCUUCUUUCAUCUCAGCCUUGCCAGAGGAUGAUUUUCUGAGUCUUCAGGCUUUGAUGAAUGAAUGCAUAGGUCAUGUGAUCGGGAAACCCCACAGCCCUGUUAGCGGCCUGUAUCUUGCUCCCCGAAACAGCCCGCGACCUGUCAAAGUCCCCCGCUGCCAUAGCGACCCACCAAACCCGUAUCUGUUUAUCCCAAAUGCUGAGAACUUCAGCUCUCGAAGUCUCCCCUGCGACCUGCGGAACCAGCUGUGCCCCCCAGGCAGCCGAUCUGCCCCACAGGCCCCAACAGGGGAACACAGCCAUCUCAAAGCAGCUGGCAGCACCCCAAAUGACCUCAGAGGGUCCAGCGUUCACGAAAACGAUCGGCUCUCCUCAGUGGCUGCAGAGCUGCAGUUCAAAUCCCUCAGCCGUCACUCUAGCCCCACUGAGGACAGGGAAGAGCCGUCUUAUCCAAACCGAGACCCCAGUACCACAGCACGGCGCAGCUGGGAACUCCGAACGUUCAUAAGUCAGUCGAAAGACACGGCAGCUCGUCAGAGCCCGAUGGAGGCGGUCCGGCGCUCUAUCCGUCUCUUUGAGGAGAAACGAUACAGUGUUCUGAAACAGCGCAACAUUAUCGGCCAGGUCUGCCACACGCCCAAGUCCUACGACAAUGUCAUGCACGUUGGCCUUCGCAAAGUCACCUUCAAAUGGCAGAGAGGCAACAAGAUCGGUGAGGGGCAGUAUGGGAAGGUGUAUACCUGUAUUAAUGUCGAUACAGGUGAACUGAUGGCUAUGAAAGAGAUCCGCUUCCAGCCUAACGAUCACAAAACAAUUAAGGAGACAGCAGAUGAGCUGAAAAUAUUUGAAGGAAUCAAGCACCCAAAUCUGGUCCGCUAUUUUGGCGUUGAGCUCCACCGGGAGGAGAUGUACAUCUUUAUGGAGUACUGUGAUGAGGGGACACUGGAGGAGGUGUCCAGGUUGGGACUGCAGGAGCACGUGAUCCGUUUGUACAGCAAGCAGAUCACCACGGCAAUCAACGUUCUCCACGAGCACGGCAUCGUGCACAGAGACAUCAAAGGAGCGAAUAUCUUCCUCACAUCUUCGGGCCUGAUAAAGCUUGGGGAUUUCGGUUGUUCGGUGAAACUGAAGAACAAUGCUCAGACCAUGCCUGGAGAAGUCAACAGCACCCUUGGAACAGCAGCUUACAUGGCACCUGAGGUCAUAACGAGGGCAAAGGGCGAAGGUCACGGGCGUGCAGCAGACAUCUGGAGCUUGGGCUGCGUGCUUAUAGAGAUGGUGACGGGAAAGAGACCAUGGCAUGAAUAUGAACAUAACUUUCAGAUCAUGUAUAAAGUGGGUAUGGGCCACAAACCUCCCAUCCCAGAGAAGCUGAGUACAGAGGGGAAAGACUUCCUGGCCCACUGCUUAGAGAGCGAGCCCAAACGCCGCUGGACCGCCAGUGCCCUGCUAGACCACCCCUUUGUCAAGGUCUGCACGGAUGAAGAGUGAUGGCACGCGGCCCCGCGUUCCGCUCGUUUACAUAAAAAAAAAAAAAAAAAAAAAAAAAAAGGCUAACACUACUGUGUUAGGCCUGUUUAAGGAA